GAGAGAUAUCCGGAGAUACCAUUCACAUCAAAGUAACGCAUGUGCUUUCUUUGUUAUAUUGCAUUGUCAUUGCGGUAUAGCAUUAUACUAACCAAUUGCAAUCAAAGCAAGCAAACUAUGAGUGUUUAACCUUGCGUCCACAAACAUAUAUAAUUCUAUUGGCAUGCAAUUACAAUACCAAUGACUAUAUGUGAAUCAUCUACAGAAGUGCAAACGAUCUGGACAUACCUGUACCUGUGUUUACUUUAGGAACGGACAACCAGGAAGACCUGCAGAGAAUUAUAUUAAGGGAGAUCUAGAGAGAACAAGUCAAGAUGGCGACUAAAUCUGUUGCUUUGUGCCUGCUGAGUGUAAUGGUUUUUGUAUUAAACCGUGUAGACAGUAGGGGAUUGAAACAAGCCAACAUAAACACCGUGCCUGAACUUAACAUCAACUUCUAUGCCGGGAGGUGGUAUGAGAUGUUCUCCGAUCUGAUAGUGAAGGAAACAUUCGAAAGGAAUUCUUAUUGCACAACGGCUACUUAUGGGAAAAUUAGCGAAACCAACGUGACUGUCUUCAACUCCGGUCGUAAGGGCUCCCCUACGGGCCCAGCCAGCGAGAUCUCCGGCUACGCCUAUGUCGCUGACCCAGCCCAACCGGGUCAACUCAAGCUUCAGUUAACUGGUACCCCUCUCGGGGACUAUUGGGUGAUCGAGCUCGGGCCCGUCGAAGAUAAUGAAUACCAGUAUGCCGUGGUCACCGAGCCACUGAUGUUACAGCUCUUCAUCCUGGCCAGAGACCCUCAGGUGUUCCGCCAAAAGUACCGGGACCAGGUCCUAGAAUUUGUCCAGAAAGCCGGAUUUAAUAAAUUCUGGAACAAGCCCAAAGAGACGGUCCAGGUUCCGGGUUGUAUCUAUCCACCUCCUCCCUCUGGAAAAGUAUUUUUUAGAAUUUAAUUCAAUAUGAUUUCUCGGAUUUUCUCGGACUUUCUCGGAAAUUGUUGGAUUUAAUUCGCGAUGAUUAUGUUAAUUAAUAUUAUGGAAAGCCAUAUUUUGCCAUAGAAUCAAAGGCAAAGGAUUUUCCAGCAAAUUUAGAGAAAUGAUAUGCCCAUAUAGGCCAGCAAUAUAUAUGAGCUGUCAGAAUGUAGAACAUUGUGACAACAUGUUUAAAGAUCGAUAGGCAGUAUAGAAUAUACAUGUAGUAAUAUAUUUUUCAUGACACUGAAAUGUGGACAUGGUAAGUUUAAUGUAGAUGGAACUACACAUUUAUUUUGUAAUUCUUCUCUUUCUGUUAUUAUCAUUUUUUUUUUUUUAAACUCAUGUGCCUCCCAAUAAAUAUGCAUAUAUCUCAAAUUA